UAACGCUAGAUGGCGGUAUAAACUCGGCUGAUCUAUAGAAAUUGCUCGUCCAGACCAGUCUACAUUAAUUGCAACAAAACAUCAGAUGCAAACCAUGACAUGGCAUUCAAAGUCAAAGUGGCCGAUACAAGGACUGUGCUCGUGCACCUUCUCCUCUGCGUGCUCAUUUUCUACUCUCUCUAUUAUAUGAUCGCGAGCGUGUGCUUCGGUGCUUUCAGGUUGGAUCAUUUUGAUGGAUUGAUUCCGUUUGAUUUCAAGACAGAGCCCACAGACUCCAACUCCAAAUAUUUGGUGAACCUGCUGUCUAUGGAACUCACAUACUUCUGUAGUGGUUUGCUGUUUGCUGCUGUGGUGAGGAGAUGGGUCUGGGACUAUGCCCUCACUGUCACCCUACUGCACAUAUUACUCACCAGCUUGGUGAUGCUGGAGUUUCCCUUGGUGUGGCAAUGGUGGUUGGCCUUAGGUAGCAGCUUGUUUCUGAUGAUCUGCAACGGACAGCUCAUCGCUUACUUCGCCUGCCAGGGUGACCAGAGUUACCCCACCUUAAACAGCUACUGAGGCCAACACACACACACACACACUGUACUCACACACGCACACUGCACUCACUCACACACACACACACACACACACUGCACUCACACACACACUGCACUCACACACUGCACUCACACACACUGCACUCACACACACACACUCUGCACUCACACACACUGCACUCACACACACACACACACACACACUGCACUCACACACACACACACACACACACACUGCACUCACACACACACAUGUUGUUCACAUAAAUAGGGUUGAUAUGUAUGGAUAAAUCACAGGAAAAUGCUCUUGGUGCUUGUUGUCAUGUGUUUGUCCGUGUGUCCUGUGUGUAAUGUAAUGUCCUUUUCUACACAUGCAUUCUCUGAAUGUUAUAUAUCGGAUGCGAGUGGAUAAGAAAGAAUGUUAAAUGUCAAACUUUAUUAUGAAGAGUUUAUAAUGUACAUACAUUAAAUUGCUAUGCUAGCCUUGGUGACUAUCAUAUAUCAGUCUUUUGAGACACAUUCAUUAUGGGAUGUAGACUCCGGAACUUAUUACCAACAUUCUCACACCCACACAAGUGUCAGUCUGGCCUUAUUGAACAAAUUACACUGUGUAUAAA